AUGAAUGGCGAAGGAGAGGAUGCAUCCAAAGUAAUUCACGUGAAGUUCAUAAAGAAGCUUGACGCUCCGUUCAAAGUUCUGGUCACCUCCUUCGUUAUCCCUUCCAGUGUCACUCGUCUCGGUCUCUCUUCCAUUGUCAACUCUCUUCUCACUCUCGAAAAGCCUGAGCUAUUUGACUUCCUGAUCGAUGGGGAGCUUAUUCCAAUGUCGCUUGAACAGUUUCUUGACGCGAAGGGAAUCUCAGGGGAAAUGACUCUUGAAAUCGAAUACAUAAGGGUUGUGGCAUCAAAGGUUGAUACAGCUGAAUCUGGUGACACUACUACAAGACUUGAUGCUUACAAGAUAUUACGUGGACACAAGGCGUCAGUGGAAAGUUUGCUCGGAUGGGAUUGCACGAUCAAUGUGUGGGAUACCAAUGAGUCUACUUCAGAGUUGUCAGUACCAGGGAAGAAAAGAAAAGGAAAUAAUCAGGCUGAGGAACCUCAGUUAGAGGGAGAGGCGGAGACUACACUUGUUGGACACACACAAUGUGUCUCAUUAGUUGUUUGGCCAGAGCAUGAUGUAGAUUCUUGUUGA